AUGUCUGCCGAAACACCGUUAAACAAUGCGACUGGGUACACUACAUAUCCACCAUCGACAUCAACCCCGUUCGCCACCGCCAAUCCAGACGCAAGUCCAAAUAUAAACCCGAAUACAAAUCCAUCUACGUCAUCGGAUAACACCGGAGGGGUCAGUGCUACCGCAGACUCGAACCUCAACCUCCGCAGUUGUGUGACCUGCCGCCGCCGCAAGGUACGCUGUAACAAGAGAGAGCCAUGCUCCAACUGCGUCAAGGCGGGUAUUGAGUGUGUCUUCCCUGGCCCCGGUCGUGCGCCACGGAAACAGCGACGGCCGCCUGAUGUUGAGGUCCUGUCGCGAUUGAGGAGGUUGGAAGGUGUCGUUGAGAGUUUGGGAGGCACAGAGGCGAUUGAGAAGUUGAUAGCGGCGAGAUUGACGGGUGAAUCACCGGCGAAUACAAACUCGGCGAACACCAACGAGAAUAACGAUACUGGCGGAUCGUUUCGAGCGUCUGAGAUCGAGGAUAAGUCCGGUCCGAGGAUUGAGGAAUUGGAGCAGAUCCUCGAAUCUCCUAGUGAAGCAGACGAAAACGAGAACUCUCCUGAAGACUCAACGCAAUCGCCUAACAAUCGCAACCACGAUGCUUUUCUGUUUGGAUACAGUUCAGUGGCCCAUACUCUGCACAACUAUCAUCCGACCCCGACACAAGCAUUCAUCUUGUACAAAACAUAUGAGCAGAAUGUAUCACCGUUGUUGACGGUCGUACAUAGACCGACUAUUCGGAACCUGAUCAUCAAUGCAGCUAUGGGCGAUUCAAUAGACAAAAGUAAUGAGGCGCUUGUUUUUGCUGUUUAUCUCGUCGCUGUGAUUAGCAUGCCCCCUGAACAAUGUCUGGCGGAAUUAGGAGAUGACCGGGAUACGAUGGUCAGCCGAUUCCGCUUCGCGACCGAACAGGCUCUAGCGAGAGCAAACUUGUUAAAUUCACGCAACAUAAACCUGCUGCAGGCCGGUGUCUUGCUCAUCUCGUGUAUCCACAAAAUUGAUCAUGGCAGGUUUGUCUGGACAAUGUGUUCGGUUAUACUUCGACUGGCGACUGGUCUGGGUAUCCACCGCGACGGGACCAAUUUCGGGCUGAGCCCAUUCGAGACGGAAAUGCGCCGUCGACUCUGGUGGCAUAUAGUCAUUGUGGAUGUGCGAACUGCAGAGGAUCACGGAACCGAUCCUAUGAUUAACGAAUGGAUGUACGAUACGAGGAUGCCUUUGAAUAUCAACGAUGACGACAUUAGCCCGGAAAUGAAGUUUUUUCCACCCGAACGGGCAGGAUUUACAGACAUGACUUUUACCAUGAUCCGGUGCCAUGUCUCUAGGAACUAUCGCAAUUUGAUCAGUUUCCCUGGAGGAACGAAGUCGGUCACACCAACUUUAGAGGACCGCAAAAAGACAGUGGAAUGUUUGCACAAGACAUUGAAUGAGAAAUAUGUCAAGUAUUGCGAUAUGCAGGAACCGCUGCAAUGGGCGUGCGCAACAAUGGCGCGAUUGGUAGUAGCCAAGUUGUGGCUGGUUGUCCAUCAUCCCAUGCUCAAGAACAAUCUAACGUCGCUCUCCGUCGAGGAUCGCAAUAGAAUACUGUUAACGUCGAUCGAAGUGAUUGAGUUUACCCGACUUAUGGAAACGAGCGAAUCGACAAGACGCUGGGGUUGGUUGUUUGGGUCAUAUGUUCAAUGGCAUGCAAUUGCUUUUGUGCUUGCAGAACUCUGUGUCAGACCGCAGUGUCCGGGGGUCGAUCGUGCUUGGCUCGCGAUUGACUCGACGUUUCAUGAAUGGGAGCGCGGGUCGAUGGGAAAGAAGGGAUCAUUGUGGCGGCCGCUGACAAAGUUGUAUAAUAGAGCGCAAGCGUCUCGUGCGAAACGGUAUGGACCGCCGGGAACUGGUUGUCCAACGAUAGAUCAUAUACACGAUAUAACGCAGCCGCAGCCGAAACCGCAGCAACAACAAAGAAGUCAACCACAAAAGACAAAACCAGACCAGCAACGGCAAAACAGCACUAACAGCAGUCCCUACCAAAGAGACGGAAAUACACCCCAGUUCUCCAGUCCGGGACAAACAUCCCACGGCGCAGAUCCGAACUCUUCCAUAUCCGCCCCUAUAACACAGACGUCAACGAACAAAACUAAUACCACAAAACCUAUACCCGAAUUCAAUCUCGACAUGAGUAAAAAUAUACCCGACAUUCUGGGCGAUUUCAUGCCUCAAUAUACCAUGGCAAUAUCGGGUUCUAGUGACAACAAUGGGCCCAAUGCCUCGAAUAUGAAUAAUAUACCCAUCACUACGAGUGGUAUGAAUACCACCGAUAUAAACAAUCCAACAACCUCUACAUUCUCCUCUACUCCCGCCGCAUACAUCAAUCCUAACAACAAUGUCUGGACAGAAGACAUGCCGAACGCAUUCGGCAUGCCUAUGGACUGGGAACAGUUCGAUGAUGUGAUGCGCGAUUUCCAGCAGGAGUUUGAGCAGGUUGCCGGGCCGGACUCGGGGGAUUCCCAGAUACGUUUUAUGUGA